CUCCAGUCCUCGCAUGCGUCGACAGAGCGCACAUAAUCAAUUAAGAGUAGGCAGCCCGCGAUGGGGGUACGUCAAGUCGUUCAUACCCUUUGUGGUGUGCAUCGCCUUGAUGUCCCUCGGGCUGUCGAGCUACUCGCUCCUUCAUCCCGUCCCAUCGCCAGUCACGACACAGCAGCUGGGCUGGCAGUCGUGGGAUGUCGUGGAUAUGGGUGCUGGGAACGGUAGCUCAUCAAAGUCGAGCAACUCUUCUGUGGGAUCUAGCAUCCGUCUCGACGUCUGGGAUCCGUCCGCUGCACACACCACAGGCUUAACCGAGAUUCGAGUGGAGCACUGUAUGUUCUCACCUCAUCUAUUGGCAGGAUACUGCACCCCCAAAAGCACGCCAGAAGAGGACAAGGCGAAGGGGAAGUGGGUUCUGGUCGACGUCGAUCUCAACAAGCGGACUGGGCUAUGGUACUUGUACGUGUACUACCGGCGAACGCGGCGCCUGGACGUGCCGCUCAUCUCGGACCUCCGUAUCGCCACCGACGUCUCGGACGACGGGUGGACCAAGGCGCACGGCAACCUCCACUCCGGGUUGUAUCCCAAGCAGGACAAGAUCCAUCUGUGGUACAAGCUGCAGACGCAGGACGGCCAGACCGAAGGCCUGCAGCAAGACAUCAUCACCGAGAUUGACGUCCUCUAUGGCGACGACGCGCCGUUCUACGGCUUCCACCGCGUCGACGGCGGCAAGAUUGUCAACGCCAAAGCCGGCAAAUACGAGAGCGUGGACCUGGUCUAUCGGCGUGGGGCUCCAGCGCCUGUUUCCGCGCCCGAACCAAGGUUCCACUCGAACGGGACAUUCAAAGUGUUGCAAAUUGCCGAUCUUCACUACUCCGUUGGCGAGGGCAAGUGUAAGGAUACCGACAAAGACCCCUGUGUCGGUGACAAGGACACAGAGGAGUGGCUCGCCCGAGCGCUGGACGCGGAGCGGCCUGAUCUGGUGGUGUGUUCGGCUGGGCAUGCGUGCUGUCUUUAUCUAACGACGCAGGUGUUCUCCGGCGACCAGUUGAACGGCCAGAAGACGUCAUACAACGCCCGCUCCGUCCUUGCAAAGUUUGCAAAGCCUGUCAUUGAUCGCAAAAUCCCUUGGGCGGCCGUCUUUGGCAACCAUGACAGCGAGAUUGCCGACGACCGGGCGGAGCAGAUGCGGGCCAUGCAGCAGAUGCCCUACUCCCUGUGUCAGUCUGGGCCAGCGGACGUGGACGGCGUCGGGAACUACGACAUCAGAGUCCACUCUGGAGACAGCUCGCGCACCCACAUCUUCACCCUAUUCUUCCUCGACUCGCACGCGUACCAAAAGUCGCUCCUGCCAUGGAAGAAGCUCGAGUACGACUAUCUCAAACAGACUCAGAUCGACUGGUUUGUCAACGUGUCAACGAGCAUCAAAUCGAUCGAGCGUCCUUUCAGGCCUGACGGCGGCGAGGAUAUCCCAACAGUGUGGGCGAAGCGGCGGUUAGGACGGCAAACCCUCCUGGCGCGUCCCAACGCCAUGAUGUUCUUCCACAUCCCUCUGCCCGAGGCAUACCUCGCUGCGGACCUCACGGAGGACAAAGCCUACGCGUCGGGCCAGCUCGACCUCGGGAGCCAGUUCGACAAGGAGGGUGCGAGCAACCACAAUGGAGGCUUCUUUACCGAGGCGAUCAAGCACUCUUUCGAGGUCGAUGAGGGUGGAGAGAACCCUGUGACGCAGGUCAAGGUGCUCAGCCACGGCCAUUGCCACAUGACGGAUCGCUGCCGUCGCGUCGAUGGCGUCUGGAUGUGCUUUGACGGCGGCUCAUCCUUCUCGGGGUACGGCAAGGCCGACUUUGACCGGCGUAUCAGGGUGUACCUCGUCUCUCAGUGGGGCGAGGUGAUAGAGACGUAUAAAAGGCUGGUAGGCGGCGACGUCGUCGACAGGCAGGUUCUCGUCGGCGAAGGUGCUGCCAGCGGCUGGGGCCAGUCACCCCAAUAGAUUUUUGUUGUAUAUUAGUGGUGAAAUGCUACAACCCAUAAGGA